AUGGACCGUCUUGAACAAACCAUAGCUGGUAUUCCGCCCUCACGUAUAUAUAACUAUGACGAAACAAACCUCACAGACGAUCCGGGAACAAAAAAAGUGAUAAGUAAAAGAGGCUCUAAAUACGUGGAGCGAAUUUGCAAUUCAAGCAAAAGUGCGAUUUCACUUAUGUUUUGUGGAAAUGCUGAGGGGCAUGUUUUACCGGUUUACGUUGUCUAUAAAGCAGAAUCGUUAUGGACCACAUGGACUGAGGGGGGUCCUCCCAACACAAGAUAUAAUCGCAGUAAAAGUGGUUGGUUUGAUUCCCAUAUUUUUGAAAAUUGGUUUGUAACAACUUUUUUGAAAGAAGUACAGGGCGGAGGACCUAGUGCCUUAAUUGGCGAUAAUUUAGCGUCACACAUAAACGAACAUGUGUUAGAAUUAUGUGAUACUCAUGACAUUAAGUUUAUAUGUUUGCCACCAAACACCACGCAUAUAUCUCAGCCACUCGACGUAGCCUUUUUUUAG